AUGGCGCCAAAGACGUACAAAGAGAUGAAGGAGGCGUGGGUGACGGGCCACACCGGAGGGUCUGUCGCCGAUGUGAACAGCGUUUCCCUUGCAAUGCCUCUCAGCAUUCUUCUAUGGUCUGUUAUACAGCAAAGACUGCGAUUGUUCACACCGUAUACGCCUGCCGCUUGCUUCGUCGAUUUUCUGCUCAACUGCGCCGCUACGCUUUGUGCCACGACCAUCUACUCCUCGUCACCGUGGACCUUAAACGUCCUACUGCUACUGCCCGCGGUUGCUCUACUUAUCUUAGAGAAGUCAGCUGCAGUGAAGCGAGACGUACCUCGACCACCGAAGAAGAACAAGCCUGCAGAGACAAAACUCGAUGCUCUCCCCGUGAAGCCGUUCAUCACACACUAUCGGGGUGCCAUGAUGGUCAUGACAUGUGUCGCAAUACUGGCCGUGGACUUUACUGUCUUUCCGCGGCGCUUCGCCAAGGUUGAGAACUGGGGCACAUCGCUGAUGGACAUGGGCGUGGGCUCAUUCGUAUUCACAGCUGGCGUGGUUUCUGCUCGAUCGGCGUUGAAAGAGAGUUCCGGCAAGAGACCGCCACUUUCAAAACGCUUGGUUACAUCGUUCAGGCAUGCUAUUCCGCUCCUGGUUCUCGGUAUAAUCCGCUUUAUCUCAGUGAAGGGCUUGGACUACGCUGAGCAUGUCACGGAAUACGGAGUACACUGGAACUUCUUCUUCACGCUCGGAUUCCUGCCCCCGUUCGCUGCCCUUUUACAGACCGCUUUUGAUCUGGUGCCUUCUUAUGCUGUACUGUCCUGCGUUCUUGCAGGUCUUUACGAGCUGGCUCUCGAUAACACACCACUUGGAGCCUUCAUCCUUAUUGCGCCACGAACGGAUCUGCUGUCAAAGAAUCGUGAAGGUAUAUUCUCGUUCGUUGGCUAUCUUGCCAUCUUUCUUGCUGGUCAGUCUAUGGGCUCAUCUGCGCUGCCGAGGCAACAACCGCUCCCUAAGGGUGCCUCAAAGAUGACCAUGUUGCGCCAAACGACACUGGGGCGUCUGGCCAUAUCCUCUGCUAUAUGGACAGCUCUGUUCUACUUUUCCACUAGCUAUUAUGGCCUAGGUCUCUCCGUGUCUCGGCGUCUUGCGAAUCUUCCCUACUUCUUGUGGGUGUCCUCGUUCAACAGCUACCAGAUCACCAUUGUAUGUGCUAUUGAAGCCGUCCUCUUUCCAAACCUUUACAAGGCUUCCAGCAAGGAGGAGGAAGUCCAAAGGACCAGAGAUGCUACCAGCACUGUGCUAAAUGCCUUCAACCACAAUGGCCUCGCGGUCUUCCUUGUGGCAAACCUACUCACUGGUCUUGUCAAUCUGACGAUGCCCACUCUUCAAAUGGGUGUUCUGCAGUCAAUGGCAGUUCUCGUUGCCUACAUAGCGGUUGUCGCUGCUCUUGCAGUCACUCUAGACCGUUACAAUAUCUCGAUCAAGCUGUGA